UUUUCAGUCAUGUAUGUAAAUAUCAUCCUUUAUCAGAAACAGUAUCUGAUUUCUAUUUUUCUGUGUAGGGUCAUGUUUGGGUAAUGUUUUCCAUUUCAACACUUUAGUCUUAGUGAAGACAGCAGCACCUUAUCAAGUCUUCACCCCACCCUGUGCUUACCGGGUUAAAGGCUGCUUCCUUCAGCUAUCGUCAGUCUUACUGGAGCUGCUGUGAUGGUGUGACCAUAAGCUGCUAUUCCACUUUGGUUAAUGAUUACUGAAGAAGCCAGCAAAGAGCCUCAAGUCAGAAACUCAGUCCGUCUGUAAGAAAAUUACAACUAACGUUUUAUUACAAUUCCUUGUCAUUCUAAUAAUGUAAUAUCAACAUCAGCAUAAACAGCUUGAGAAUGAAUAAGUGAUAUCAGAUCUCGACCUCAAACACGCCAUGACUUGCCUGGCUGCUCUGCUCCUUUUUGUUCUUCAGACAACCUACGGGCCAUGUCAAGCUCAGGAACAGAGUUCUCUGCGUUUUGUUGGUAUUGGAGACUGGGGUGGCAUUCCCUUCUCCCCUUUCUACACAGCUCAGGAGCAGAGGAUAGCUCAGGAAAUGGGUAGAGUGGCUGAAAGUGUGGGCUUGGACUUUGUCUUGAGUUUGGGAGAUCACUUUUAUUACAGUGGCGUCAAGGACAUCGAUGAUAUACGCUUCAAGGCGACAUUUGAAAAUGUAUUUUCUCACCCAGCUCUGAUUGCUAUUCCAUGGUAUCUGGUGGCAGGUAAUCACGACUACUUGGGAAAUGUGUCAGCUCAAAUUGCCUAUUCAUCCAGGUCUGAGAGGUGGCAUUUCCCUGAACUCUAUUAUGAGCUGCGAUUUAAGGUUCCUCACACCAACAUCACCAUGACCGUCCUGAUGAUUGAUACGGUAAUAUUGUGUGGGAACACUUAUGACAAAGAUCAGCCCCAAGGACCAGAGGACCUCACUUUUGCAGAACAACAGUUUGAGUGGAUCGAGAAGACUCUUCAAAACACUAAGUCUGAAUAUGUUGUGGUGGCUGGUCACUACCCUGUGUGGUCCAUCGGUCACCAUGGUCCUACUCCCUGUCUGGUACAGAAGCUGAGACCACUGCUGAAGAAGUACAACGUCACUUUAUAUCUGAGUGGUCAUGACCAUGAUUUACAGUUUAUCCGAGAAGAGGAUGGAAGUUCAUUUGUCGUCAGCGGAAGCGGGGAUGUCCUGAAUAACUCCACUCACCACAGGAAGAGCUUCCCGUCAUCGUGGCAAGUGUUUUCUAGUGCAGUGAAUCAGACUUUAGGUGGUUUUGUAUACUUUGAGGUGACAGAGAACAAGAUGUUAGUUAGUUACCUGCAGCUGGAUGGUAAGUGUGUGUAUCAGACCUCUUUGCCUAAACGAAUCAUAUGA